AUGUCUCGUACAACUACUGCACUGGCCUUGACCGAGGUCGGCGGCCCUUUUGAGAUGCGGCAAAUACAGCUUGAUACUAUCCGCCCCGAUGAGGCCCUCAUCGAGAUCCAUGCCACAGGUAUCUGCCAUACGGAUAUCUCCUUUGCCAAUGGCACCCUGCCUGGAAAGGCUGGCGCAAUUCUCGGGCAUGAAGGUGGUGGAGUCGUUCUCCAAGUAGGACCCGAUGUCACCAACGUCGCUCCCGGCGACAAGGUUCUACUCUCCUUUUCUCACUGCGAAACCUGCGGGCCAUGCAAGUCGGGCCACCCAGCAUACUGCCAUGACUUCAACCAAAGGAACUUCCCCGGCGCCCGAGCCGACGGCACCGCGGCCUUGAAGAGCUUGGACGGUUCCGAGCCCCUGUUUAGUUCCUUCUUCGGCCAGAGCUCUUUUGCGAGACACACAUUAGUACACAAGUCAUGCCUAGUCAAGACGGGCGCCGGCGCGGUGAUGAAUACGCUUGACGUCAAAGAGGGCAGUACCUUGGCGGUUUUCGGCGCUGGCUCGGUCGGCAUGAGCGCCAUCAUGGCAGCUAGGCUGGAACUAGCGAAGCGCCUAGGUGCUACCCAUGGCGUGCUAGGGUCCGGAAACGUGGUUGAGGAGAUCCGCAAGCUCUGCCCUCCUGUCGGCGUGGACUUUGCCGUCGACUGCACGGGAAGCACCAAAGUGAUUGAGAACAUGAUUGAGAGUCUCGGCACGCGCGGAAAGGCGGCUACGGUGGGCGCCCCUGGCUUCGGUGCCAAGGUGAGCGUGGACGUGAUGUCGCACCUUACCUCGGGGAGGAGUUACAUGGGCUGCUGCGAGGGCGACAGCCUCCCGUCCCAGUUUGUUCCCCACCUGAUUGAACUCCACGCGCAGGGCAAGCUGCCGCUGGAUGAGAUGAUUACGGUUUAUGAUAUGAAGGAUUACCAAAAGGCGUUGGAUGAUACACAUGCUGGGAAAGCGCUCAAGGCCGUGCUUGUUUGGAGACAGUCGUAA